UCUACUCGCCUAAGUUUUUUUUUUUUUCUUUUUCCCUCCUAACACUUUUUCCCCUUUGAGUCCCUUGCUUGACCCUGAAAGCCACAGGACACAGAAAAACCGAAGAAAUUGAAGGGAAAAGAAAUCGGGGAGAAAAGGAACCGAACACUGAGCUGAGAAUCACGAAAGCUGAUUCCGAUUGUAGUUUAGAGUUGGAAAGUUACUUCAAUUUUCGCUUUGAUGAGUGAGAGAGUGAAGAAAGAAAAGCAAACGGGGGAGAAAAGGGAGAGGAUGAAGAACAUCUUCAAGAAGCUGCACAUAGGUAGCAGCCACGAUCCUCAUCGAUCCAAUGAGGCUUCACCGUCUGUGCCGUCGCCGCCGUGCGUUGCCGAUCAGUCCCAGAGCUCCGCCGCCACUCCGGCGAGUCCUUCGUCGGCGUCGGCGUCGGCGUCCACGGUGGUGGUGACUCCCGGAGGAGGAGGCGGCGGCGCGAGUCCGGUGAUGAAUCGGCAGGACUUUUUCUCGUCGGAGGAGGAGUUUCAGGUUCAGCUAGCCCUAGCUAUCAGCGCUUCGAAUUCGGAGUUCCGUGAGGAUCCUGAGAAGGAUCAGAUCCACGCGGCGACGCUUUUGAGCUUGGGAGGCCAUCGAAUCGAUUCGGCGCGGAACAAGGAUGAUGUGGCGGAGGCGCUGUCGAGGCAGUACUGGGAAUAUAAUGUGCUUGACUAUGAGGAGAAAGUGGUAGAUGGUUUUUAUGAUGUAUAUGGGCCCUAUAAUGAUUCAGUAAUGCAAGGAAAGAUGCCAUCUCGAACAGAUCUUGAAGCAAACCCUGGAGGUUCUGAGUUGGUCAUUGUUAAUCGAACAAUUGAUCCUUCUCUGGAGGAACUGAUACAAAUUGCACAAUGCAUUGCAUUAGACUGCCCUGUCUCUAGUUUGGUACAAAGGCUUGCUGAACUUGUUACAAGUCAUAUGGGUGGUCCUGUAAAGGAUGCUAGUAUUAUGUUAGCAAGAUGGACAGAAACAAGAGCAGAGUUAAAGACAUCUCUUCACACAAUUGUAUUGCCUCUUGGGUCCUUAAAUAUUGGGCUCUCUAGGCAUCGUGCUUUGCUUUUCAAGGUAUUAGCUGACAACAUUAAUAUGCCUUGUAGACUGGUAAAAGGUAGUCAUUACACUGGUGUCGAGGAUGAUGCUGUCAACAUUAUAAAGUUGGAGGAUGAAAGGGAGUUUUUGGUUGAUCUCAUGGCUGCUCCAGGGACACUUAUCCCAGCUGAUAUUUUAAGCACCAAGGAUAGUGCCUUUAAGCCUUACAAUCCCAAGAUUUGGCCAAGUUUACCCUCCACUAAGGAUAAUGAAUUUUCUUACUCAAGACCUAUCCAACCAUCUCAUGGUGAAGGUAGUAGUCAAAAUUCUGUGGUAAAAGAUUAUUCACUGCCCUGGAAUGGAAAACCAUAUUUUGAGAAGUCAGAGCCUUCAAACUUAGGUUUGAGUAGAGACAGUGGCGUUGGUCCUUCUAAAAUUCCUAAUAAAGGGACUCCUAACCAACUAGAAAAUUUGCCAGCCUUGUCUGGUACUUCUCUGUACAAAGGGACUCUUGGAAUGAAUACAGUUGGUGAUGGGACAAGAUUGAAUGUCAAUGUUGUACCAUAUACUAAUAACAGCCCCAAUGACUCUCGGAACCUUUUUGCAGAUCUUAACCCAUUCCAAAUAAAAGGAAUGGGGAAGGCCCCUGUGCAUAACAAACCUGUGGAAAAUAAACCUCCUGAGCUUAAAAGUACUAAAAACAAUGCUGUUUCUGGUCGACCCCCAGUGCCACUGAUGUGGAAGAAUCGUCAUGCUUACAAUGAAGACCCCAGGAAAACUAAUCAUAAUCCUAAUGAAUACAACCCUCCCUUAUUUGUUUCCAAUGGUUCUUCUAUGUCUGAAAUUAUUGACCUUAGUAGUUCCAAGCCGUUGUAUAAUUCAAAUAUAAAUAAUGAUGUAAAUGCUCAAACUUUGGCGCAAGUUACUGGUUCAGUUUCACCACCUAAUCAUGACCAGAGGAACUGUACAUAUGACAGAUUCAUGGGAAGCAAUUUGAAAUUAAAAGAUCCAGAGAGUCCUAGCUCAUCAAUUGAUUCCAUCACAAACAGGGUUGAUCAAAUAUUGGAUGAUGUAGAUGUUGGUGAAUGCGAGAUUCCAUGGGAGGAUCUGGUUCUUGGUGAAAGAAUUGGUAUAGGUUCAUAUGGAGAGGUAUACCAUGCUGACUGGAAUGGCACGGAGGUUGCUGUGAAGAAAUUUUUGGAUCAGGAUUUUUCAGGCGCUGCAUUAUCAGAAUUCAAAAGAGAAGUGCGGAUAAUGCGUAGGCUACGUCAUCCAAAUAUUGUUCUUUUUAUGGGUGCUGUUACUCGUCCUCCCAAUCUGUCAAUCAUUUCAGAGUAUCUACCAAGAGGAAGCUUGUACCGAAUUCUUCAUCGCCCUAAUUGUCAGAUUGAUGAGAAACGAAGAAUAAAAAUGGCUCUGGAUGUGGCUAGGGGCAUGAAUUGCUUACACACCAGCACACCUACAAUUGUUCAUCGAGAUCUAAAGUCUCCAAAUCUUUUGGUUGAUAAGAACUGGAAUGUUAAGGUAUGUGAUUUUGGGUUGUCACGGUUGAAGCACAACACUUUUUUGUCAUCCAAGUCAACUGCUGGAACGCCGGAAUGGAUGGCUCCUGAAGUUCUCCGCAAUGAGCCCUCAAAUGAGAAAUGCGAUGUUUAUAGUUUUGGAGUCAUCUUAUGGGAGCUUGCCACUCUAAGGUUGCCGUGGAGUGGAAUGAAUCCUAUGCAAGUUGUUGGUGCCGUUGGUUUCCAAAACCGCAGACUUGAUAUUCCUAAGGAAGUCGAUCCUAUAGUUGCAAGAAUAAUCUGGGAGUGUUGGCAACAGGAUCCAAAUUUGCGGCCCUCGUUUGCGCAACUCACAGUGGCUCUAAAGCCUCUACAGCGUCUGGUUAUCCCAUCUUAUCAAGAUCAGUUAGCUCCACCUAUGCCGCAGGAGAUUUCUGUAAAUUCCACCCCCUGAAAUGUCUCGCUUCAAGUGUGAAUAAUUAGAGGCAUUUUGCAUAGUUAUGUGCGUAUAAAGGUAACAUGAACACAAUAAAAGGGGAAAAAAAAUAUCAAAACUUGUAACGGCAAAUGUUUGUGUUGAGGAAAAUAUCAACUGCUACUGCAACCAAACAACUGCAGAGCCAUUUUGUAUUUGUGAUGAUAGGUUGUCCGAGGAACCAAAACUCGGUAAUGUGUAAAUUACUGUACUUGAAAGCAAAAAAGUAUAUACUUUUGCAAAAGUACGUUUUACCGGGAAUGUCUAGAAUUUGGCCAAGCAGUAUGUGCUCAAGCUUUAAUGUGGUGACGAAGCUCGUAUACUAACGAAAAUGUCUUCAACAUUUUAUUUGAGUCAAGAUUUUACCAUGA